AUGGCAUCCGGGGGUAGCAGUGAAGAGGCGCAACUAGCACAAUGUCAAGCCUAUGUGCAACGGCAUAACAUUCAGCAAUUGGUCAAAGAAGCGAUUGUUAGCUUGUGUAUAAACAAACCUGAAAACCCGAUCUUAUUUCUCAAGGAACAUUUUGAAAAGCUCUAUGAUCAGCGAUCUCAGGCAUGUUCUUUGAAAUUUCAUAUUAAAAUUUAUGGUUUGCGUACCGUGGGGAAAAGAAAGGUUGUUUAUUUAUGGCAAGUUUUCAAUAACUGA